AUGAGCGACGGGCGGUACUCGUUCUCGCUCACGACGUUUAGUCCGUCGGGGGAGUUGGUGCAAAUCAAACACGCGUUGGCGGCGAUCUCGGCUGGGGCGACGUCGCUGGGGAUCAAAGCCGUGGAUGGGGUGGUGUUGGCGACGGAGAAGAAACUUCCGAGUACGUUGGUGGACGCGUCGACGGUGAAGAAGAUCGCGACGCUGACGGAUGACAUCGGGAUCGCGUACAGCGGCAUGGGUCCGGAUUUCCGCGUCUUGACGAGAAUGGCGAGAAAGGAGACGCAGACGUAUUACAGGACGUAUAAAGAGUCCAUUCCCGUGUCGCAGUUGGUGCGAGAGACGGCGACGGUGAUGCAAGAAUUCACGCAGCAGGGAGGGGUGCGACCGUUCGGGGUGUCGCUGCUCAUGGCUGGAUACGACGAAAGCGGACCCAGCCUGUACCAGGUGGAUCCGAGCGGAUCGUACUUCGCGUGGAAGGCGAGCGCGAUCGGUAAGAACAUGGUCAACGCUAAGACGUUCUUGGAAAAACGAUACAGCGACGAUAUUGAGCUUGAGGACGCGAUUCAUACCGCAAUUUUGACCCUGAAGGAGGGGUUUGACGGACAAAUUUCGGCGGACAACAUUGAAAUCGGCAUCGUCGGCGCAGAUCGAAAGUUUAGGAUUCUUAGUACGUCCGAGAUCGCGGAUUACCUCGAGGAGGUCGAGUAA